UCGCUCGCUCCCUCUCUCUUUCUCUCUCUCUCUACAUUUAAAUACCCUCUGUAACCUCCUCUUCCUUUCCCGUGAGCGCUCAUCGUUGCUCAUAAACACCCCUCUCCCUUCUCCCCCUCUUCUCCUUCGCCUCACGCGAUCGAUCCCCUCCUCAGAUCCAUUUUGAAAACAGAAAAAGAAUGGCGACGUACACACCGAAAAACAUCCUGAUCACUGGUGCAGCAGGCUUCAUCGCCUCCCAUGUUGCGAACCGCCUUGUCCGCAACUACCCGGAUUACAAGAUUGUGGUCCUCGACAAGCUUGACUACUGCUCCAAUUUGAAGAACCUCCUUGCUUCUCGUUCAUCUCCCAAUUUCAAAUUCGUCAAAGGCGAUAUAGCAAGCGCUGACCUUGUCAACUUCCUUUUAAUUACUGAAUCCAUCGACACCAUCAUGCACUUUGCGGCCCAGACCCAUGUCGACAACUCCUUUGGAAACUCCUUUGAAUUCACCAAGAACAAUAUCUAUGGCACCCACGUCCUUCUUGAAGCUUGCAAGACCACGGGCCAAAUCCGACGGUUCAUCCACGUUAGCACUGAUGAAGUUUAUGGGGAAACUGAUGAAGAUGCUGUUGUUGGGAAUCACGAGGCAUCUCAGCUUUUACCCACCAAUCCAUACUCUGCUACAAAAGCCGGGGCAGAGAUGCUCGUUAUGGCCUAUGGGAGAUCGUAUGGAUUACCUGUAAUCACUACUAGAGGGAACAAUGUAUAUGGUCCUAACCAAUUCCCUGAGAAGCUUAUUCCAAAGUUUAUUCUUUUAGCAAUGAGAGGGCAGCCUCUACCUAUUCAUGGGGAUGGAUCGAAUGUUAGGAGCUAUCUUUACUGUGAGGAUGUGGCAGAGGCCUUUGAGGUUAUUCUUCAUAGAGGAGAAGUUGGGCAUGUUUAUAACAUCGGAACAAAGAGAGAGAGGAGAGUAAUAGAUGUGGCAAAGGAUAUAUGUAAGCUUUUCUCAUUAGACCCUGAUGAUAUGAUAAAAUUUGUGGACAAUAGGCCUUUCAAUGAUCAAAGGUACUUUCUUGACGAUGAAAAAUUGAAGUAUCUUGGGUGGUCGGAGAGAACUAUAUGGGAGGAGGGAUUAAGAAAGACUAUGGAGUGGUACACGAGCAAUCCCGAUUGGUGGGGGGACGUAUCAGGUGCAUUAUUGCCUCAUCCAAGGAUGCUAAUGAUGCCUGGAAACUUUGAUUCUUCCGACGAGAAUAAGGGAAUCGUCUAUGAAUUUACCAAAGAUAAUCAGUUCACAAAUAAUCAGAUGAGAGUGGUGGUCCCAACAUCAAAGAACAGCUUGCAGCAAAAGCCCUCAAUCAAAUUCUUGAUUUAUGGUAGGACAGGGUGGAUCGGGGGGCUUCUGGGGAAGAUAUGUGAAAAGCAAGGGAUUCCAUUUGAGUAUGGAAAGGGCCGCCUCGAAGAUCGUGCUCAGCUUGUAUUGGACAUUCAGACCGUGAAGCCAACGCACGUAUUCAAUGCUGCUGGUGUGACUGGGAGGCCUAAUGUCGACUGGUGUGAGUCCCACAAGCCGGAGACAAUCCGGACAAAUGUUGUGGGUACGUUGAAUCUGGCCGAUGUGUGCAGGGAGCAUGGACUGUUGAUGAUGAAUUAUGCUACUGGUUGCAUUUUUGAGUAUGACGAUGCGCAUCCAGAAGGGUCGGGCAUUGGGUUCAAGGAGGAGGACAAGCCGAAUUUUACCGGGUCAUUCUACUCAAAGACCAAGGCAAUGGUUGAAGAGCUUCUCAAAGAGUACGAUAACGUCUGCACUCUUCGAGUCCGGAUGCCGAUAUCCUCUGAUUUGACGAACCCACGCAAUUUCAUCACAAAGAUCUCUCGCUAUAACAAAGUAGUAAACAUUCCGAACAGCAUGACCAUACUAGACGAACUUCUUCCAAUAUCGGUUGAAAUGGCGAAGAGGAACUGCAGGGGAAUAUGGAACUUCACCAACCCCGGCGUUGUAAGCCACAAUGAGAUAUUAGAAAUGUACAAGAAGUACAUCGAUCCAAACUUUGAGUGGGCCAAUUUUACCCUCGAAGAACAGGCUAAAGUAAUUGUCGCCCCGCGGAGCAACAACGAAAUGGACGCCUCAAAAUUGAAAAAUGAGUUUCCGGACUUGCUGUCGAUCAAAGAUUCGCUGAUCAAGUAUGUGUUUGAGCCCAACAGGAAGGUCGCUGUGGGCGAAGCUGCUAACUGAACCAACCCAAUAUCUCAAAGCAUUCGAUCUCUAACCUUUUACAUUCUACAUUAGCUAGUAUAAUGUCGAUCACACUCUUCUUACGGUUGGCCGUAAUAAGUUAGGAUAUUCAUCAUUCUUAGUUCCAUUGUCACUGCAUUAUUACUACCUUUUAGAUGUUUUAGUUGCUAUGUUUUCUCUCUUUUUAAUCUUAUUAUAUUUUAGUACAAUGGCAUCAUCGAUCUGGUUUUGCCUAGAAAUGGAUGUUCAUGUCCAUUUGAGAUUUGCAUAUAAUCUAUUUGGUAUGUGUUGUGUUAAUGGAACUUCUUUAUUGAAUGAAAAUAAUAUUCUUUUA